CUUCAAGCCUCGAAGUUCAAGGCUCACGUUUGAAGACGACAACGAGUAGCUUCUCCUGCUACAAUUUUCAAUUUCUCGGCGCACAUCGUCUUCAAUAUUGGUUUUUGUGCCAGUUAUACCUCAGGAUGUCGCAAACAAAUGGUUUGGUAUGUUCUUAUCCUUUUCCUGCGCUCCCACUCAUUAUCUACUGUGUAUCUUCGAAGCAGAAGGAUAUAUAUAUAUAUACAUUUAUAAAUAAAUAAAUAAAACAAAACAAAAUACAAUACAUACGAGAAACCCAUAAACCAUAAACCAGCUAACAAACCCUCAUAGACAAAACUAGCCUACUCCCGCACCUGGCACCACAUCUCCGCCAGCACACCACACAUCCUCCUCUCAACCCUACGACCACGACCCGACGCCUCCUCCCCUCCAUCACAUCGCGCAUCACGCCUCCACCCCUCGGCCGCCUCGCCUCCCGCAUCGCCCUCCUCCUCAUGGGAAAACACAAACCGAUCUGGGACCCGUCCACCGACUGCGGCGACUACGUCGUCGUAACCAAUUGCGCCAACCUCCACACCACUGGGAAAAAAAUGUAUCAAAAGAAAUACUACCGUCAUAAUACUCGACCGGGCAGCUUAAAAGAAAUCAGUAUGGAGGGAUUGAUGGAGAAGUUUGGGGGGGCGGAAGUACUGAGGAAGGCGGUUAGUGGGAUGUUGCCGAAGAAUCGGUUGAGGGAUGGGAGGUUGGGACGUUUGAAGGCGUUUGAGGGGGCGGCGCAUCCGUAUAAGCAGAAUUUGGUUAGGUUUGAGGGGAGGAGGAGGGAUUUGAUGCCUGAUGAGGGGUGGGGGUUGAAGAAGGUGGAGGAGGUUAGGAGUUGAGGGUUUGGGAGGGGGGAUAUGAAUAUUCGAUGAUGGGGAUGGGGACGGGGGAAGAGAGCACUAUUGUGAAGGAUAGAGUGUGUAUAGUAUGCAUUGGGUGCAUGGGAAGUGUAUAAGAACACUGUAUAUCAAGCAAAACACAUUAUGAAGCUAGUUUGGCACUGUGUUUAUUCGGGCUUGUUGAGGCUUGUGAAUUUGAUUCUUCAGUUAUUCUUAAACUCGAUUGCCGAUUGGCUAUACGAAUACCAAGGAAGCAAAGGAAUAGUUUAUCUUAUGACUCCUGGGAAAGGAGGUAUCUCGAAGACGUGGUAUACGGAUAUUCAGCAUCCUCAACCAUUUUUAAAUCAUUGUAAUCUCAAGCAUGGAAGUCCAGUAUCCGUGUAGUCAAAUCUUGA